AUGACAAACGUUAAACUUCUUAAUAUUAAUGUAGGGCUUCUCGGUCAUGUGGAUAGUGGUAAAACUUCGUUAGCCAAAUGUUUAAGUCAGAUUAAUAGCACUGCUUGUUUCGACAAACAUCCUCAAUCCCAGGAACGUGGAAUAACAAUAGAUUUAGGUUUCAGUUCUUUUAGUACAGAAGCAUCAGAAAAAUUUAAAAUACAGGGCUAUGAAAAGUUACAGUUUACUUUAGUUGAUUGCCCAGGUCAUGCAUCAUUAAUUAGAACGAUUAUUGGAGGUGUUCACAUAAUUGACCAUGUAAUAUUGGUAAUUGACAUUACUAAAGGUAUUCAAACUCAAACAGCAGAAUGCCUGGUUAUAUCCGAAAUAACAAAUAAACCUACAUUAGUUGUGUUAAACAAAACUGAUUUAAUUGAUGCUUGCAAAAGAGAUGAAUUCAUUAAAAAGGUCUCAAAUAAAAUCAAGUCUACAUUAUCACAAACUAUAUUUCAAGAUACACCAAUACUACCAAUUGUGUGUAAGGAAGAUUAUUCGGAAGAAAGAGGAAUUAAUAAUUUAAUAACAAAGCUUACAGAAGUCAUUUCAGUUCCCUGUAGAAGUCCAACAAACUCCUUAGUUUUAGCUAUAGAUCAUUGUUUUUCAAUUAAGGGCAAAGGUACUGUUAUAACUGGUACUGUUUUGCAAGGAAAAAUUAGCAUAAAUGAUAUUAUUGAAAUACCAGGUUUGCAAGAAACGAAAAAAGUUAAAUCCAUCCAGAUGUUUAAACAAGAUGUUAACACAGCUGUACAAGGUGAUCGAAUCGGUACUUGUGUAACACAUUUCAAUCCCAAGCAGUUGGAAAGAGGUGUAGCCUGUAAGCCAGGAUCCAUGCAUCUUGUGCAUGGUGUAAUAAUUAACUUUAAUAAAGUAAAAUACUACAAAAACACUAUAAAAUCAAGUACCAAAUAUCAUGUCAGUGUGGGUUAUGAAACUUUAAUUGGUAAAUUGUUAUUAUUUCAAAGUGAAGACAAUUCCAAUUUUAACUUAGAAAAUGAAUACCUUUAUAUAGAGGAGUUUAAUGAGGAAAUGUCCAUAAAAAUCUUUGCUCUGCUGGAGUUUGAGAAAUCUAUUUAUUUGCCUCCCAACAGUAUGAUAAUUUGCUCUAAACUUGAUACAAACAUCAACUGUAAUACUUGCAGAAUAUCAUUUUUUGGAAAUGUUGUUUAUGAAAUUUCAGAUAAACGAUAUCCUGAAACAUUUCUGCCGAAACUUAAAAUUUAUAAAGUAAAAACAAAAACAGGUUAUGUGCAAAAUUUAAUUAAUGAAAAUGAAAUCAUUGCUAGCAAAUUGUUUCAAAAAAUAACAUCAGCACAAAAAUUUCUUAACAUGAAGAUAAAGUUGUCCACUGGAGAAAUAGGAUACAUUGAAAGUACUUUUGGACAAAAGGAUAAAACACGGAUCAGAAUACCUGAAGGUUUACAGCCGUCAACCUUUGAAUAUCUAUCCACUAUUAAAAAAGGGAAGAAAAACAAAACAAAAAGAGAAAAUGAGCCAUCAUUGAAUGAAAACAAACCAAAACAGGAUUCUGUUACUGUAAGGUUAGAAUUCAGGCGAUACUUGUUUGACAAAAACAAAACAAUUACUCCCCAUACUUAA